UCGUUCAAAUAAUGUGACGCAGAAAAUUCAAAGUUGGCAGCAACGUAUCUGUUUUCACCCGCAGCCGAAGCUUUUGAAAAGCUUAUAAAAGUUAUAUGUCCCUAUGUUUUCAUACGAGUGAAGUGGGUUUUCACUACUAGAAUGGAAGGUCAAGUCAUUGGACCGGGUCCAUACCGGGCGACCAAGCUGUGGAAUGAAACCAUUAAACUCUUCCGUGGAGGCAUGCCGCUGAGAAGACACUGGGCACACUUCCGCUACUAUUAUUGCAGUUUCACAGGAUCCGAGGCUGUGGAUUAUCUGCAUGAGCUGCUGAGGCGCAACUACAACUUUGGGCCCGUGGUAACUCGCUACCAGACUCUGCAGCUGCUCAGGAAGUUCCUCAAAGCCCAUGUCAUUGAAGACAUCAAAGGACGCCAUGGGACAGAGGACUUUGAAGACAAUGGUCAUCUGUACAGGUUCCCCACACUGUCUCCCCUGAAGUCUUUUCCAGCAAGGCCUCUGUUGAGAGACAGCAGUGAACUGCCCAGACUCAUUCGCUGGGAUGACUACGAAGAAUUGCCUCAGCGGGAAAACAUUGCACCCCUGAAGUCUGGUGUCAUGACCUCAGAUUUGUGGAAUAAAAGGCACAGUGUAGCUAUCGGGGAUGUGCAUGAAUGCAAGCUCAUACGAAGGAAGGAGAUAACGUCAAAACAAGUGGACCACAUCUGGAGAUCAAUGACAGUUGCACAUUUACAGGGAGUGUUGGGCCUAAAGUCAUUGGAUGGAGUUUUAAACCCAACGCAUGUGAAUGGCAAGCACAUCGUUCACAAUGUGUUCAGCGUUAAUAAGACGGGCAUAGUCGUAUUGGAGAACAAAGCCGAGGACAUGCCAUAUUGGGUGGUAUCAGCAAUGAAAUGCCUCGCCAAUUGGCCUAAUGGCAAUGAAACCAAACAGCCGGUGUACCCGGGUUUCGAGAGGGAUGUUCUGAGAACAGUAGGAGAUUACUUUCAGAGACUCAAAGAACCCCUGCUGACUUUCCAUCUAUAUGAGGUCUUCGUGAACAUUCUCGGUCUGCUGCAGGAGCAGGAGGUAGCCACUGAGGCGCUUCAAGUCAGCAGUCUCUUACUGCCGCCGCCCAACCGAAGACGCCUCCAGCUUUUACUACGUCUCAUGGCCCGUGUCUGCCAGAAUCCCCACCUGCCUCCACUCAAUGACACCAUUGCUACCCGCACACUGAUGGUGCAGAUGUUCUCACACUGCGUUCUGGGUUCAGUAGAUGAGAUGGACUUGGAUGAGCUGCUUGCCACCAAACUGGUGACCUUCAUGAUGGAGCACCACAACACCAUCUUCCAAGUUCCUUCCAAGCUGCGUCGCCAGGUUGAGGAGCACCUGUCUCACCUCAAAAGAGUUCAAAUCAAAUACGCAGGUUCAGAUACAGACUUCAGCGCAUCUCCAGCUUUUUGUAAACAGAUCAGCAGGGUGGAGUCUGAGGAGCAGAAGGUGAUAGGAACCCAGACCCCCCUGCAGGAGCUGCUAGAAGGCCUGAUUGCAGACAAAGAACUCCCUGCCAAGGACAAGAGGAAGAGGCUUAAACAGUUCCAGAGGUCGUACCCAGAAGUCUACCACAGUCGAUUUCCCACUGAGGAAAGCAAAGCUGCUGUCAUACCUGAGAAAGCCCCACGACUCAAACCUCAACUCAUGUUCUUCAACCUCAAGAAACCCUUCCAGCCCUUUCAGAGGAGCUGGAGUUUUAGGGCAUGAUCUGACACAUCUGCACUUCAGGCUGUAAACACUACUCAACCUCAGUGUCAUGAGACAAGGAGCAAUGUGGCUGUAAUCGUGCUCUUGCCACAUUGUUCACAUAUGGUAACCACUACAGUUAAUACUUAAAAAAAAAAAAAUUAAUAGAACUUUGUAGCACUGUUAAACUAAGAUAAUAAUUUAAAGGGUCAGUUCACACAAAUUUAAUACACAAUAUUAAUUAUAAUAGGACAUUCCCACUGGCUCCUAAUGGUAUCUAGCCAGAUGACUUGGUUUAGUUGUAAAACACUGGCAACUAUUUUCAAACUUUGGUAUAAAAUACUGAAAAUGCAAACAAUAGUUGUGGAUGGCUUAAGUGACCCUUUAAGAAAUAUAUUUUUACUUAUUGUGUUGCUAGAAAACUUGAACACAAUAUAGGCAGCAGUGAUCCACUAACACUGAAAGAACCACUGAUGUGUCUUAAAAUGAACUCUUAAUAGUUUUUCUAAAAUUGUGUAUUGGUACAUUUUUCUACCAAGGUACUGUAUGCUAGAAAGGUCUGACAAACAGUGAUGGCAAUUGACCAAUAUUGCCAUCCCGCCAAAUUAAAUUGAAUGAAAUACAUUUCAAAAGUAUUAACAGGUUAUUAGGUAUUAACAUUAUAUGUUAUGAAAAGUUAAUGCUCAAAGCACAUCAAACUCUGAAACAUUUAUGAUAUAUAGUUUUGUACUGUAACAGAAAUAUUCAGAUGCAUUUCUAUUCUAUAGUCUACAGAUUAUGUAAUUUCAUGAUCUUGACUCUUGUAACGCAAAGAUGUUGAAUCUAGGCAACUCGGAGCUUAAUCAAAAAUAUAUUUUUAUUGUCUGUAAAACAGUUACGUAAUGUCAACGAACAUAUCAAGGGUUUGCUAAGAAAGAAAGUAUAUGUGCUGUGUUACGUACCUGGAAAAGCUCUACACAAGUUUCGGCUGAUAAUUGCAUCUACAUGGCCUGUGUGAAACUUGUAGAUUAAUUUAUUGUUAAAAACAAAAAAAAAGUGUACAACUACUUUUUUAUUUUUAUAUAUCAGAAAAAGGAAAAAAGAGACAAAAGCAAACAUUUCACAUGCUAUAAACUGUCACACCCCUUUCUCUAAACCCUCCCUACACUUUAAUUGACGGGUCCUACUGUAUGUGCACUCUUAAAACAACUCAUUUCAUGUUUUUACUUGUUGGUUUUAUUCUGUAUAUAAGAACUGUUUUCUUGAUUGGUACAUAUUUCAAUGUCUUAAAUACUCUUCUUUCACUGUUUCAAUGUAUUUUGUUAUUUUCUAUUACCUGCUGCUCUGUCAUGUCAAUCAGAUGACAUUUCACUUAAUUUGAGACUUAAAAUUGUUUUUAUUUUUAUAAUGAUUAAGUGCUGAUAUUUCAAAAUGGAUUUUCAUAAAUGCUCUUGAACAAAUGUAAUAAUGCUGGAAUAACUGUUACACUUGAAUUGCUGCUCUGUGCUGUAAGAAAAUCAACAGAAUGAAAGUGAAUUGAUGGUGAUGCUGAUUUUUCUAUAAAAAUUCUAAUUGGAAAAUGUAA